AUGCGCUUCACACCAAUCCUCCUCCUCGCCGCGGCCUCAACCGCCGUCGCACAAGACAUCCAAGAGCAAUUCGCUUCCCUCGUCAACGCCAUUGCGACCGACCCAGCCCUGGGCUCCCUUGUCAGCGAUCUAGCAACCAACACCGAAUUCGCCUCUAUCGUGGGCGAGCUCCAGACAGUCACCGGCACAGUCCUCCCCAGCGACAUCGCCACCAACACCGUCUUCCAGAGUGUCACCUCCGUGCUCUUGGGCAACUCUGCCAUUGGCUCAUUGACCUCUGUUGCUGCCACCAACUCAGACCUCAGUAGCCUUACUGCCGCUGCUAGCAGCCUCGAGACAAGCGCUAGUGAGGCUGCGAGCAGCGCGUCUGCGAGCGGUGAGUCUGCUGCUAGCUCAGCAUCGAGCUCCGCCAGCAGUGCGGUCGCAUCAGCAACCGGUGGCAGCGGCGCAGGCAGGAACGUGGCUAUUGGUGGUGGGUUCGCUGCUGGUGUCUUGGGGCUGGCUGCUUUCUUGUAG